AUGUUACGUGAUAUUGAAUUCGCUUCUCAAGAUCGUAUAAAUAACUCAAUAAAGACAUUUAUUGAACAGAAAAUUCCUUAUACUACUUUGGCUAUUGAACCCAUACGGAUAACACGCACAAUAUUUCGUGAUCGAAUACCAUCAAUAACUAUUAAAACAUCACAAUAUUUAUUUACUCGAUUACAACAAAAUCGUUGGUUAAAUUCAUAUAGUAUCUUAAUGUACAAUCCACGACGUAAAUUUUCUUGGAAAAAAUUUUUAUUUCCUGAAUCAAUAAACGAUGCUAGAGAUGAAGCAACAUUUAAAAAUAUAGAUCAAAAUAAAAAUCAAAUUUCUGAAUUUCUAAAUACACUUUAUGGUGAACAUGAAAUAAGCUAUGAACGUUCAUUUGAAGCAUUAAAAUGGCUUAAAGAAGUUUACCAUUCAUCUACACUUUCAACAGAUUCAAAUAAUUGA